AUGGUUGCCAUAAUCAAGAGCAUGCUCCCAGAAUCAGAGAAGUUGCCAGAAGAUUUCUACCGGUCAAAGACAAUGAUUCAAGAAUUGGGAUUAGGAUAUGAGAAAAUUGAUGCUUGUUCUAAUCACUACAUGCUAUAUUAUAAAGAAACAAGUGAUAAGACUAGUUAUGUAGCCUGCACAAUGUGUGGACACCCACGAUUUAAGCCAAAGGCAGGGGAUACAUGGCAUGUGGAUGGAGUACACCACGAUGAAUCGGUUAUCACACAUCCGGCUGAUGCUGAUGCUUGGAAACAAUUUGAUGCCACCCAUGAACUAUUUGCCCAAGAAUCUAGAAAUGUUAGGCUUGGACUUUGCACUGAUGGUUUUAAUCCAUUUUCUGGCUCGAAGACUCCAUACUCAUGUUUGCCUGUAUUUGUCACACCUUACAAUCUUCCUCAAAGUAUGUGCAUGAGAAGAGAAUACAUAUUCCUCAGUCUUUUGAUCCCUAGACCGAUGUCUCCCGAAAAAAGAUUAGAUGUUUAUCUUAGACCAUUGAUUAACGAGUUAAAAGUUUUGUGGGACAAUGGUGUUACUACUUACGAUGCAUGGCAAAAGAAAAAUUUUAACAUGAAGGCAGCAUUAUUGUGGACUAUAAACGAUUUUCCAGCUUAUGGAAUGUUGCCUGGUUGGAGCACUCACGGUCGACUUUCUUGUCCAAUUUUUAUGAAGAACAUUAAAUCUUUUCUACUACAACACAGCGCUAAACCCUGCUGGUUUGAUUGUUAUCAACAGCACUUGCCUGUUGGUCAUGCAUUUCGUCGUGAUCGGUACUCUUUUAAAAAGUCAACCGUGGAAAACUCUUUUCCACCGAAACGAAUGAGUGGAGUUGACAUCUUAAACGAGUUGGACAAACUCGAGGAAGCUAACUUUAGGGCUAAUUCGAGAGGAAAAAAAGGUGACUUUGGUACCAUUCAUAAUUGGGGCAAGACAAAAGACAACGCGAAUGCAAGAGAAGAUUUGAAGCUAAUAUGCAAACGCCCUAACUUGGAGUUGGUAUUUGAGAAUGGAAAUUAUGAAAAACCAAAAGCCACAUAUGUCUUAGAUUCUCAACAAAGGAAGAUAGUAUGUAAGUGGAUAAAGCAAUUAAAAUUUCCUGAUGGUUAUGCAUCAAAUAUUUCAUGA